UGAUCACUGGGCAUGCGCACUAGGAGACACCUGAAUAAAGAUGGCGGCUGGAGGAGAGGAGCAAUCUCUACUUGAUCGAGAGCUCGCAUUAGAAGACCAAGACGAGUACUACACUUUGUUGAACGUAUCAAGGACUGCUAGUCCCGAGGAAAUACGCUCAGCUUACAGGCGACUCUGCAAAAUAUACCACCCAGAUAGAUAUCAGGACAAAGAGAAACAAGAGAUUGCGUCAAGGUUCUUCAAAAGAAUACAAGAAGCCUAUCAGAUACUGAGUGACAGCAGAUUACGCUCAGUUUACGAUAUAAGAGGAAAGAAAGGAGUAGAGAAUGACCGAGCACUGAUAGAGCGUACCUCCCUGCCCACUGAACUGAUUGAUGAAUAUGAAAAACUUAAAAACCUUUUUGACGAGCGGACUUACAUCCAAGAGGUGAACCCACAGGGUCUCUACAAAGUUUCGUUAGACGCCACUGAUUUCACUAGUGGGGAGAGGGGGUGGGCAUCAAUUAGAGUAACUGAUGCGUACGCUCAACAAAGCGUCAGUUCCUCGUUAAGUAAAAGUGCUACCUUAUUACUGACCGGGUCCUUGCUGUCAACAGUACGAGCCAGUCGACCAUACACUGGUCUAACAGCUAGCGUUAGGCAGGACUUAGGUCAGCAUAAUUGGGUCAAGGUCUCUGGUAAUGUGGGACGGUUACCUUCGGUCGGUUUCGAUUAUUAUCGUAACAUUACCAACAACAUGUACAUCACUGGAGAGAAUGUCCUGCAUUGGAUGCCACCAUUUGGUGUCGGUGUUUUAUUAAAUACCCAUCUCUCUCGUAAACUAGACGACAAAACGACUAGCACGUUUCACAUUAAGGAGUCCGGGAACACAGUGGGUGUGUCUUUAUCAAGGCAGAUAACAGAAAAGGCCGUUCUAUCAUCUGAUGUCAUGAUUGGUUACAAUAGAUCAUACCUACAGUUAGCGCUAUGCAUGAAACCUGUUGAUUUGUACAUGCUUACACUGAGCGGUCGUAUUGGGACUAGGGGACCUUCUCUCUCUUACUCUGUGGAUCACAAUAUCUCUAAAUUGACGCAAGUUGGUGGGCGUGUCAACUUAUCAGCUUCUGACGGUGUUCAGUUGCGUCUACAAUUCAUCCGUGCCUCAAUGAAUUAUGUUGUAAAAGUACAAGUAUCGCCCUAUGUCGAUGUAAUGUCUAUCAUGAUGGCCAGCCUUGUUCCAUUGGGUCUGUAUGGCAUAUUAAAAAUACUUGCACUUGGGCCGCUGUUGAGAUUUUAUAAAGUUAAAGAGACGGAGGAAAUAAGAAUGGAGAGAGAAAGAGAAAUGAAGGAGAGGAGAAGAGAGGCAGAAUCAGCAGUUGAUCUGAUGAUGGAGACUGUCGAAAGAAUUCAAACCAACGAGCAGUCACGCCAUGGACUAAUAAUAUUAGAAGCAUGGUACGGGUCUUUGUUCUCUACUACUGCAUCUCAUGAUCCUAUGGGGCUACCUAAAGUCAUUGAUGUACGUGUACCUCUACAGUGCUUAGUGGCUGAUUCAAAACUGGUCCUUAGGGAAACGGCAAAGAGCAUCAUUCCUGGUUUUUAUGAUCCUUGCAUUGGGGAGAAGAAAUACCUAAGAGUGAAGUAUAGGUUCCGUGGACUAGUUCAUGAAAUUACUAUAGAGAACAACGAGUGUCUAGUAAUACCUAGACAAUCACACAGAGUCCUAACUAACGAAGAGUAACACUAUACCACGUGGCAGCACGUGUUUAUAGUAUACAGAUUAGUAAAUUAUUAGUUUCACAAUAAACCGCCAUCUUGAUUAUUAAUUUUGUUGAUACGGACAACGGGUUAUUUAUUUUACUGGUUAUUAAUGAAAAAAUGUCUGCCUUUAGAGCGAGUUGGAACUGGUUAAAGAUGGCUUGGGAGAGGCAGCCUGUCCUGGUUGUCUCUGUUGUAUUUGGAGCAACAGGUCCAUUAAUUGUGUUACUUAGCCCAUGGACCGCCAAAAGUUUGGAAGAAAUGGAAAACUGGCCUGAUAAAUACGUUUUACCACCAAAGACAGAAACUGAACAAGAAAAAUGAGGCAAUAGUGGUUAUUGAUAGUUAUUAACUGAAAUUAUAAUAGUCUAUUCCUUCAAUUAGAUUUAACGACAAUAAAUUAUUUUCAAAUUCA